CCCAGAAGAGAGAAAAAGCAUUAAAUUGCCUCAGAAACCUGCAAAUUCCAGCUCCCCGACUUCGUCUAAAAAACCAUGAUGUUUAAUGAAGAGGUAGAAACACAUUUUCGGAAUUUCAAGAUUUCAAGAAAAUGUUCCAGCUAGCUUCCUUCUAAUCAACCAUUAUCAAUGGCGACAUCAUCUUCCUCGAAACCCCCUCUCUCCCCUCUUUUCACUCCUAUUCAAGAAGGGAAUGAAGAAGAUGAGUGCUCGCUGCAUGGGAGAAGCAGUCCGACAGAGUAUAAGCACCGGCCAACGCCGCUGCAUCUCUGUUCAGAGAAAGGUCCGCCGAAGAAACGACCGGAAAGUGAUGAGAGAACCAGAGAAGAUGACGACGGCCGCGGUGUCUUGUGCAACAAGUGCCGGCCGAGCAAUCGGGAGAGAAUCUCGGUGGUGCCGCUAGACAACAGCAGCAAUGGGAUCCCCCGAAAUUCAACGGCGAGUCCCAACGGUAUUUUCAAGACUGUUUUCUCGUCUCUGGUGAAGAGGAGCCCGAGGUUGUCGGACGACGGGUCGUCUUCAUCGUCGGCGGCGUCGGAUCACUGGAAGAAAGCGGUGGCGGAGCUGUCACACAAGCUGAUCCAAGCGACCAAAAAGAAAGACGACGCCGUCUUGGAAGCUUCUAGAUUGAAAUACUCCAUGGCGGAGCUUGAGAAGAAGCUCAACAAACUCGAAAUCUAUUGCCACGAUUUAAAAUCCGGGCUAGAAGUUUGCAGCAAAAACUCUCAGCCUCACUUGAACUUCCAAUGCAUCAAAGCAGGGGAUCAAGAAAAGGUAAUCCAGCGUUUCUUGGUUGCCGUAUCCGAAGCCCGAUCGUCGAUUCGGAUCUUGACCCGAUCCCUGACUCUCCACCUCCGACAAAUGGCCCCCGGAAAACCCCACGAACGAAUAGCUCAACUCCUCCAGCCUUACGACGUCAAAUUCUCUCUCGCCAAGAACUCUCGGGUCGGGCUGCUUUACCUUGAAGCCUUACUGAGCCGGGCAUUCUUCGAGGAUUUUGAAACGGUCGGAUUCCAGAAGAGCUCAUUCCACCAAAUCUUGAAUCCGCUGGACCGAUGCGCCGCCAACUUCGCGGCGGUGGCCCGGUUGCAAGGGCUGAAAUGGGAGGAGGUGCUGAGCAAAGGAACCCGGUUCUUCUCCGAGGAUUUCAGCCGGUUCUGCGACCGGAAAAUGAGCGAGGUCGUGGCCAUGCUGACCUGGAACCGGGCCUGGCCGGAGCCGCUGCUACAAGCCUUCUUCGCGGCGUCGAAGGCGGUCUGGCUGGUCCACCUACUCGCUAACUCAGUCCACCCCAGUCUACCCAUUUUCAAAGUGGGCGACAAGAACCGGUUCGAUCCGGUUUAUAUGGAGGACAAGGGCGGAGACCGGGCUCGGAAGCUGGUCCCGACCACGGUCCGGAUUAUGGUCACCCCGGGCUUCUAUAUUUACGAUAACGUCGUGAAGUGCAAGGUUCUGUGUAGGUACAACAACAGCAGCGGCGCGUGCAACGCCGAUGCAAACGACAAUUUGUUGACACCGUCACCCACGUAGGAACGAAACAACUCCGUAAAUCCUUAAUCUAGUAAUUAAUGUUAAUCUUUUCUGGAGUUUAGUAAUUUGUUGUAAUGUUGGGCUUUGGAUUAGACGAAUACUAAUCAGAAGAAGACAUCGCUACACUUGGUCAACCUUUUUGUUCUUU